GGUAAGAUUUGGAAAGACAGGGGCUCGUGAAAGAACCUUUGGUUUUAGGGGAGGCCGUCGUGUGGGCCAAAGGCACGCACUCUUUUAUUCGCACCGCUCACCCGUGGUAGAAACCUGUGACCACAUUCCGAUACAUGGCAGAGAUCCGGUGAAUCACUUUUCAAGUAAAUAAUAUUACCACCCCGGCACCAAAAUUAUGUUUUGAGAUCCGAGUAUUAAAUAUGUAUUCAGGGAAAAUCAACUAGAUGACAACUCCUGGAGUUGAAGAAGGAUGGCAGCGGACAAGACGUCGAAAAGUCAGGAGAAACGAAAGUCUUCCAAGCCGUUGAUGGAGAAAAGGAGACGGGCCCGCAUCAACGAGUGUCUAUCUAAGCUUCAAUCUAUUCUAGAGGCAGUCAAUGGUCAUUCAGAGACGCCUGGUGGUCAUUCAAAAAGAGAGAAGGCCGAGAUCCUUGAGCAGACUGUUCAGCUGGUAAAACACCUCCGACAGCAAGAACAAGGAGGGCAGACACGUGAGGUCCUUCCAAUCGCACAAUACAGGGCUGGAUUCAACGAGUGCCUGAAUGAAGUCAGCCGAUUUAUGGACGUCAACGAGCGCGCCCUCAACGCCGAAACACGAGCAGGACUUCUCAACCACCUUGCCUCAUCGAUGCAGACGCCGGCCUCCGCGCCGCCGGCCUCGCCGAGUAACGGUGUCGUCACGGGGAGCAGUGGGUGGAACACCGGACAGUUUGUGCAGCAGAGUCCGAGAAAAGCGACACUACCAGAGGAGGAACGGGUGGAUGGUCGGGGCGUGGGGCGCCGUGGAGGCACGGUUGUCCAGCCGGUGAAUCCUAUGCCGCCACCUGACGCUGUGACCCCCUCACACGCUGGUGCAGCGUCAGCUUCAAACUAUCCUACACGAAUCUCUUCAUCAAACAACCCCACAUUACCCCCGACGCAGCAGCACCCUCUCAGGAUGGUCCAGCCGCAGAAAUCACCCGUUAUUAUCCCUGCCUCACAGGGGGUAGCACUACCAAUAAAUCUACAGUCACCACCAGCGGGUCAUGUGGCUGUGGUCCUACCGGCACACUUACUGGGUUCAUUCGUCGGUGGGCAGGUUGCCACUGGUCAACUUAUUCCCUUAUAUCAGCAACAGGGUAGCGCCCCCGUCGCCAGUCAACGGGCACCGAGCUCAGAGUUGGUGACCAUUCCGCCAGGGUCUAGUGCAAUGUUCGUCCCUACACCUGGGAACAAUCGCGAUUUGAAUCACGUCGAUCCCACCGUCGGCUCUUCUUCAAACGGCAGGGGAGGUCGUGUGUUCGUAGCGCCCAGCCCAGUUCCCGGAUGUUCUCCCAACAUGGGGUCAACCAGUGUACGAAUUGAGUCCUCUGCCCUGGCUAACCCAGAAAGACGGGUACCAGUAGCUACGAACCCACCAAUCACGCCGUCGGGUGUGGAAACUAUGGCAGCCAAAGGCACACCUGAGCACGGCAUCAUCUACGCACCAGCAUCACUACCUAUGCAGUUCUACGUUGCACCCUCUGCGUACGGUGCGGUAAGUGGCCCAUUCCCGAAUGGGCUCGCCUUAGCGAAUCCGCCUUCUUUGGCUUUGGAUGCCAUUGGAGCUCAUUGGAGGCCAUGGGGCUUAGAGCAGAAUCAAAGAUAAGCAUGGCCCAGGAAAAGGGCUUAACUCGAAAAGUUUCCAAAAUUUGAAAUCAGUAAUCCGUCCAGUCCUUAUUGUUUCAAAUUUAGAAAAAAACGAAUGCCGAUCUUUAUUAUGAAAUUUAUUUCAGUUUUUAUAGUUUUAUAUUAGUAUGAUUUGCCGAGGUGUGUUAAAAAAAUCCGCAAGCUGUCAACGUUUUAGCGUUUGUUUUUGGGUAUCCUAAAACCGUGUACACUUUCGUUAAAAGAAAAUACUUGGCAGCCGAACCAAAUUUAUGGGUUUCUGAACAGAAAAUGCGUAAAUUUCCAUAAAAAGUGGAUAUUAUUAUAACUAUGUUUGAAAGUUAAUGCAGUUUUGUUUUUCUUCUUGCUUUAAAAACCAACGGAUAUAUUCCAAGUAGAUAAUAAUGUAUAAAAACAACACAUUCCGCACUCUAUUGCAAUCACAAGAUUUUAUAAACCGAUUAAAGUUAAAUUAAAAACAAAUUUUCCUCCUUGUUUUCAAAGUUCAGUUCGACUAUGUACGGGAGAAAAGGCACGUACUUGUGUGUGUAAAGUUCUCACGUUUAGUGAAAUAAUUAGAGGUGAAAUAAUGUCAACAACAGAGGGCGCUACAAUAGAGCUUAUCACAAAAAUACUGGGUAUACGUGCGCUGUAUGCGUUGAAUGAGGUGCAUGGUGGUCUAGCUAGCGCUCUAGUUUGAUCCCUAGCUAGACCAGCAUGCACCUCGUUCAACAGGAUGCGCUUGCGCAAUGGGUAUUAUUUGAGAAAAGGUCUGUGGACUCGGAUUGUCAGACUGUACACACGCAGCUUUGUGUUGCAGUCACUCUGUGAACAUUCUUUUCAGAUG